ACAUCCCCUACCGGAAAGACGCCAUUGCCCACCCUUGCGCCCAAAGUUCUUGUCUGUCCGUUGGUAAAAAACACGAAUUUCUAGUCAAUUUCUUCAAUUUAUUAAAAUAUUUGGUAGGUUUGUUAAAUUUCCCCCAACAGAAUUACAAUUUUUAAAAAAGAUAAUUGGACAGCACUAUAUUUAAAAAUUAAGUUAACAUGCUGUAGCUAGGGUAGGGUUGCCACCAAAUUUUCGUUGAAUUCAGAAUUUAAAAUAGGCUGCGGCUAUUUGGACGCGGUCUUCAGACCCGGAAUAGAGUGAGAGGUUGGGUUUAUUAAAAAAAAUAAUUAAAAUAUUAUUGUUGGGUGUGUAAGUCAAAAUUUGGUAUGAAAUGAAAGAUAAUUGAAUGGACUAUAUGUUGGUAAACUUUCUUCUCAGAUUAACUAAACUACCACAAACGAGAUCCGAAUAGCCAUUUAGAUUUAGACUUAAGUAUUUUAGAUACUUUGAUAACAAAAUUAAAACUUAAAAAAAAAAUAACCCAAUGACAUAGUUGAAUAGAGCUAAUUUUUAAAACUAUAUGAGUUAGCUUUAAUAAUAAUUGUACAUUAUACAGAAUUAAACGUUUCGGCACAUGCCUUCAUCAGUACAAACAAACACAACACAUUUAAAUAAGUAUAAAUUAAAUUUACAUAAUGUCAAUAUAUAUAUCCUACCUAAAACAGAAAAAAUAUAGGAGAGGGCGCUCCUUUAUCUUAACUUUUCAUCCCCACAACCUAAAAGCUCGCUCUCUGGUUCUUAAAAACCGCUCCAUUCUUAUGGCGGACCCUGUCACAAAUGCGAUUUAUAGAAAACCUCCUCUUUUCGCUUUCCGGCGGGACAAGAGCCUUAGGGACAUGCUAAUUAGAAGCCACCUCCCUGCUAUUAAAGCAUAUAAAGGCACAAAAUGUUGCAACCGUAGCCGUUGCAACUCAUGUCCCUAUGUGAUCGAAACUGAUACGAUCACUUUCCCUCUGGGAGUAUUCAGAAUAAAAGAUGGCUUUACCUGCACAAGUCGCAACGUGAUUUACACCAUCAUUUGCAAAAAGUGCGGUAAACUAUACAUAGGAGAGACAGGUCGUCGCCUUGGGGACCGUUUCAGAGAGCACCUCUAUAACAUAAAUAAACACGCUCUCUUUCCGGUCUCCAAACAUUUCAAUAGCCCUAACCAUAAUUCUCUUUACUUUGUUUUUGUCAGGUUUAAGCGCCCUCUCCUAUAUUUUUUCUGUUUUAGGUAGGAUAUAUAUAUUGACAUUAUGUAAAUUUAAUUUAUACUUAUUUAAAUGUGUUGUGUUUGUUUGUACAUGCCGAAACGUUUAAUUCUGUAUAAUGUACAAUUAUUAUUAAAGCUAACUCAUAUUGUUCUAUUGACACAAUUUGUUCGUGUCUUAUUAAUAUAUUUUAAAGCUUUAUUGCAGUCCAACACUUUUUAUAAUUAGGUAAUUUUUAAAAGAAUUAUAACACCAAAAUCAUAUUUUUAGCUGUUGUAGUUUUAUUUUAAAGUUAUGAAUUUUUAAAGUACGACUUAAUUUGUCCUUUUUUUAACAUGGACCGCAUCUCCACAUUCUGUGACCCAAUUCCACUGUUCGAGUCACGAGCUAUAUAACUCUUGUUUUAAUGAUAAUUUUAUUUUCCGACUAAUGCUGUAUUAAAAAAAUAAGUUUAAUAAUGUUAACAAUUAUAGAUAAAUUUUAGCUUAUCUAACUAUGCACUAUUUAUAUCAGUAAAUUUAAUAUAAUGUAUUAAUAUAUGGCUUUUCUGUUUACCAAAUCUACGACAUCCAUUAUACCGAUAUUUGCUAUAUAGUCCAUAUAAGGCAACUCAUGCCCUAAUUACAAAAAUACUGUUAGGGAACUAUUGAACUUUCAACUUUGGUACAUGACUAAUUCAUUAAAGCUUUCCCUGACCUAGUUUAAUAGUUUUUGCACUGCAAACUUUUAUGAAUGAAAUCUCUGAGAUAGUAGUAAAUAAUAGCCAUUAUACAAGUCAUUGUGGAUGGCCGCCAUGACAUUUUGCACACAGCGAAUUUUGAUCAUGUAUAAUAUCGACUCUACCGGGUUUUUUAACCUCAAAUUAAAAUAUUAUUCUUUCCAUAACAUUUAAAUUCAUUCUAAAACAUAAGUUAUCAAAUAUAUUGAUGUAAAUAGUGGAAAUAAUUAAAUAUUUCCUAAGUAACGGCGCCUUCCGCCACUGAAAGGGGGGCGUGGCCACUUUCUUAUCGAAAUUGGCCUGAGCUACAUUACCAUAUAGGGGUUCACUCAAGUGAGCAUAACAAGUGAUCGACAUGUCCUAACCCAAUGAGAAUUGACACAAAUACACAUCGAUAGAUAAUACAGAAUAAGACUUUUUUUUUAAGAAAUAAAAGUUGAACUUCUAUACGAAUUUUGUAGUGAAAGAUGCCUUAUAUUUAAAGGGGAAUCUCAAAAUACAGGUCGAUUGAAAAAUUAAAAAAAAUCAAUGUAAAUGUAGGCCAACAUGUCUACCUAAUUUUAAGGCCGGAAACGGAACUCAAAUAUAUGUCGAAAGCACUCAUUUAAUAAUUAAUAGACACACACAUCGGAAAAUUAAAAACUCGGAUUUUUCGGCGCCAAUUGCCAUUUCUGAUACACAAAAAGUAGUAGCCUCUCUUGGUUUACUGAAGUAUCUAUGGUAUUUAGUUAGGAGUUUAGUCUAAAACUAAAGCAUGCCACAGUAUGGUAGCUUAGUUACUGCUUAGUAAGUUAAGUAAGUUAGUUGCUAGGUGCCUUGAAAGAGCAUCAAGUGACAAUCCGACAGGUGUAAGUAGGCAAGCCUUAGUGGGACUUUGACAGCAGGGUUAAAAUAACAAUUUUUUAAUUAGAAAUGUUGGUUAUCUUGCAGUUCAGGUGGGUGUUCUGAUCGAAUUUCAUAUUAUUAAUUAUUAUCGCAUGUGAACUUACGUGUAUUCUUCAUUAACUUAAAUCCAGGCAGUGAUAGUUAACUAUUACUGAAUUAUACAGCACAUAUUUUCGUUUAAUUUCUAAUUGGGGAGGAGGGGUUGGAACUUAAUUAGAUGUUCCGUUAUUUUAUAGGGGCCCAAACUUAGGCCUAUUUUUUUUUUCUUAUAUGGGGUGUAUAAAUAAUAUAAUUCGAAACAAAGGUUUCUGCUUGCGCAUGGGUGAAUGGAACGAGAUCAUAGUACACUAACAUAUACACUUCAUCCAUAUUCGAAAACUGGUACUGAAGGGUAAUGAACUCAUAAUUUUAAUUUUUCGUAAAACUAGCCAAUAUACGCAACAAUUUUAUAUAACUUUAUUUUGUGAAUGGGGGAAGGAGGGGUUGGAACUUAAUUAGAUGUUCUAUUAUUUUAUAGGGGCCCAAAAUUCUUUUUUUUUCUUCCUUAUAUGGGGUGUAUAAAUAUAACUCCAAACAAAUUUUUAGUUUGAAAAGUUAAGCAUCAAUAAAUAAUUUUGGUACACUUUAUUAAAAAUCUAAUUUGUUUCGUUUUUUGUGAAUAUGCUUUUAGUUGAAAAAUUGCAAUCUGGCAUGUAGGGUGAAUUUAAAAAAAAAAGAAAAUGGAGCGAUCGUUUACGCUAUGGGCUAUGUACCAAUAGGGGUUGUAAAAGUCAAUAAAAAGAAAAGUUAGUGCUGUACAAUUUAGUGUUAACUAAUACUAUCUGGACUAAAUUUUUUAUAGAACACAUAUAAGUUUACAUGCGAGAAUACGAAAUUCGAUCAGAAAUAAUAUACGCACCUGAACUUGGAACUGCAAGAUUACCGAAAUCUUAUGAUUGUAAAAAGAACUUCUUAACAUCGGACACUCAACUUCAUGGCCUGGGCGGUUAGCCUUUGGCAGAUAGUACAAUACCUGGGAAACCCUACUUAUGAUUGAAAAUCUUUGCAGUUGCAGCCUUCUUAAUUACAAUGGCUGAUAAUACAGAAGAAGAAACAGGAGAUGAGAUAAAAAAUGAAGAGGAAGAUGAGACCACAGAAGCCAAAUCAGAAGUGGACAGUGCAGUUGUGGAGACAAGUGUGGAUACUAGUGGUGAGGCUGCAGAAGCUGAGGAUGCUGUCAAAACAGAUGAAGAUUUAGAACAAGAACUUAAGGAAACUCAAAUCACUAUUCCUCGUUAUGCUCCACAUGUAAUACCUGAGUUUGAACUGAAUCAAAUGAAAGGUUUGAAAAAAAAUCUUUUAAUUGUUAUUGUAUUAGUUUAUAUGUCAAUAAAAAAAAUGUAUGUUUAAAUACCAUUAGUCAAUAUUAGGUCUAAUUUUAAGUUACUAAUUAUCCCUGAGUCUUAUCCUCAAAUUUUUGUGUUGAAUUUAGAUGUCCAUACUUUUCACAGAACGUUGGAUGUGGCAUUUCAAGUUGUAUCCAAUAGAUCAAGAAGAUUGCAGAAAUUGUAUAUUAGAUGCUGCUACAAAAAUCUCCCAGGAGGCUUGGUAUUUUGUACCAAAACGCAAAAAUGGUCCAGGGUGAGUAGAAAAUAUUGUUAUGAUUAACCUAGACGGACCGGAAGUUAUUUAUCAUUGACAUUGUUUAGUCAGAAUUUCAAAAAGGCUGAUUACAGAUUAUUAAGUUGAUUAGACUGAUAACCAAUAGGGGUGUGCCGGAAUCCGGUUCCGCCGGAUUUUGCACUAUCCGGUGAAAUCCGGUUCCGCCGGAUUUACUUGUAUCCAGGACAACCGGAAUCCGGAAUAUACCGGAUUUCGGAAUUUGCCAGAUUUUGUGACUCACCGGAUCAUAAUCUGAAAUAAAAGUAAUUCUCUUUCCCGAAUUCCACACGAUCACGAUACAUUAAUCGAUUGUUUCGAGCGUUGAGCUUGUUUAAUGUUUAAUAUUCCGUACAUACCAGAGGCUAGAGUCAGCACCGCUAAUAGUGGCCAAUAGUGUAGGGACUUUGAUAAGAAAAUUUAAACUUUUUGUAAAAAUAAACCAAUGGCAUAGUUGAAAAGAUGUAAUUUUUUAAAGAAUUAUAACACCAAAAUCAUAUUUUUAGCUGUUGUAGUUUUAAAGUUAUGAAUUUUUAAAGUACGACUUGGUUUGUCAUUUUUUAACAUGGACUGCAUCUCCACAUUCUGUGAUCUCAUUCCACCAAUCCCGUCAUGCGCAAUGACUAUAUAGUUUAUAUAAGGCAACGCAUUCCCUGCCUUAUCACUAAAAUACUGUUUAGACUUAGUUUAAACUUUCAACUUUGGCACAUGAAUAAUUAAUUAAAGCUUUCCCUGACCAAUGGUUUAAUAGUUUUUGCACACGGCAAACUCUUAUGAAUGAAACUCUGAGGUAGUACUACGAUACAGUUAUGCAAGUGGCUGUGAAUGGUUGCCAAUGACAACGUGUUGCACACGGUAAAUUCUGAUCAUUUAUAAUAUGGAUUCUACCGGGUUGUUAAAGCUCAAAUUAAAACAUUCCAGUUUAAAUGUCUUUAAAAUGCAUUCUGAAACACAAGUUAUCAAUUAUUUUGAUGUAAAUAGUGAUAAUAAAUUAAUAUUUCCUAAGUAUCGUCAACUUCCGCCAUUAAAAAGGGGGGCAUGGCCAACCCCAUGGCGAAAUUAGGUUGAGCGAGCUGCAUAACCUGCUGCGAACGCGUAGAAACAUGGCGUCUCUCGUAAGACACUUAUCCAAAUGGAACGGAACUCAAAUAUAUAUCGAAAGUACUAAUUUAAUAAUAAAUAGACACACACAUCGGAAAAUUAAAAACUCAGAUUUUUUGGCGCCGAUUGCGAAUUCCCAUACACAAAAAGUAGUAGUCUACCUUGACUUACCGAAGUAUCUACCAAUAGUACCGGAAUCCGGAUCCGGCGGAUUUCGCAUAAGAAAAUCCGGAUCCGGUUGGAAAAAACGGAUCCGGCACACCCCUAAAUAACCAAUAAUCUUAAAAAUUAAUCACAGUUCAAAACUAGAUUCCAGUAUACCACCUAUAUGACCUUAUGGUAACUUAAAAUUGUGGUCGUGCCAUAUUAUUUUGGAUUGUAAUUUUAACUCCAAUCAAAUUCGCUGUUGAAAAUUACUUGGGCUUGGUUGUAUUUUGAGUAUGACUGAUACUGUAGGACUAAUUCUUGACCUUACCAUCUGAUUUGACAUGUGAUCAUAACUAAAAUGGUGGAUUAUGAACAAUCAUUUUGGCCUAAAUUCAGUGUUUUAAAUUGAAAUUAUUAUUAAAAUGUUGAUAUGGUCUAAUUAGUGAGGUAUUCCUAAUAUGCCUUCAUAAAAUUUGUUAUCUGUUAAAUGUUAAAUAUUAAAUAUUUAUUGCAAACGGUAUUUAUAUUUAUUAUUCUGUCACAUUUUGAAAUUGCAUUUUAUAAGAUGAUGUUGAAUGUCAUAAGGUAUAUAGUUAGACCUAUGUUUGUUACAUCUUUUAAAUAGAAUGGCUGAGCUGUGUAUGGUCUCUAGUAAUGAAGCAAGUGCUGUAAUGUCAAGGAUUCUUCGUAUGCCGUUUUAUCAUCGAUAUGUAACUAUUGAGGUGACACGAAGAAGUCAAGAACAACAAACUGAAGCAGAUACUGAUGUCUCUCAAAAACCUUUCACUAAAAUAGAAGAGACAGGUACUUGGUUGGAAAUGUUUUAUACAAAUCUUUUAUUUACAAUACAUUUUAGCUUUUAUGCAACUGAUAAGUCUGUGUAGUUCCAAAACAUAUAGCAGACCUGUUUACUCUUAUGAUUUUGGUGAACAAUGCAUGAUUUUCAGAGGUCUUUUACCAUUGUACGCCAUGGCGUGUCAGAACUACGAUUUUAUGAGACCUGGUUGAAAAUAUAUACAUUCUGGUAGUUUUUCAGAUUAAACAAAAAUUUAAAAAUGUAAACUUUAGGUGUUUUUUUAGCCGAAAUGUCCUUUUAACAGACCUGUUUGCUCUUAUGAUUUUGGUGUACAAUGUAUGAUUUUCAAACGUCUUUUACAAUCUCACGCCAAUGACGUGUCAGAACUAUGAUUUAAGAGACUUGGUUGAAAAUAUAUACAUUAUGGUAGUUUUUCAGUAUAAAAAAAAAUUUAAAAUGUAAAUUUUAGUUUUUUUUAAGUUUUAGCUCCUUUCUAUGUCCAGCAGGGAAUUUUUCGAGAAAUACAAUUGGCUGGGGAUCAUCUCUAAUUAUGUUAAAUUUGCCCUGAGAGGGGAAGCGGGUAGUGUGUAUUGAUUUAGAUUUUGUGUACAUGUGCUGGGGGGGGUGUCAAAAUAUUUAAGAUUAUAUCAGACCUGUUUACUCUUACGAUUUUAGCGUACAAUAACGAUUUUGAGUUGUCAUUUACGAUUGUACCCAAAGUUCUAUCACAACUACGAUUUUAAGAGAAUGAGUUGAAAAUAUAUACAUUCCAGUGUCAUGGUCGGAUCGCAUGAGUUUUCUGUAUCAACUUUUAUGAUGUUAAUUUGACCAAUCGUGGGUGAGUUUUUUUUCUCAGUGUGCCCCACGAGUUUUUAUUUUUCUCGGGUGGUGUGUCGGGAGGAACCACAGUGACGUGAAGUCCGUUGUCUAGAGGUCGGUCCCCUGUGUACAAGCCACAGAACAAUUUUCUAGGGUCUAGAACCCCUUUAUUUCUAUCUCCUACAGAGCUGAUGUGACUCUUGUUCCAAGUAUCAAACAAAUGAUGCAGAGAUUCAGGUUUUUCUUAUUUAUUGGCUAAAUAUGCAUAACAGUGGAAAACAUCAUAAGAAAUAAGCUCUGGUGUUCAGAAUAAAACGUGUACAGAAACCAAAUUCCACAUACUAUACAAAAUAUAGUUACAAAAGCCUUCUUCCAAAGUAUUUGGGGGGGGGGUGUCAAAAAAGUAUGUGUGUAACUGGGUGGGGUGUUAAAAAAGGUCUUUUUUUUUUUUGCGCUUGUGCAGACAGACCAUAUAUAGAUGAGCCCUCGCGUUUGUUUGCUUAAAAAAAGUAUGUGUGUAACUGGGUGGGGUGUUAAAAAAGGUCUUUUUUUUUUUGCGCAUGUGCAGACAUACCAUAUAUAGAUGAGCCCUCGCGUUUGUUUGCUUCGGUGCUGUAUGACGUAAUUGUGUUACAAGUAUAUCUUACGGUUGUACCGGGAUAAGCGCAGAAACAGAAAACUAGAGAAUGCAUUCUCAACUGUUCCAUGCAGCAACAUUAGAUUUUGACAUUUUAUAGGAUCUGAGGUGGGCUUUUGAAAUCUAUAUUUAGAACGCUAAAACAUCUGUACUAUUUUUAGUACCCCCUCUUCCUUUCACCAAUUUACAGCUUGUGGUAGUUAUCAGGCUGUAAUAUCAUCUUCUUUUAGAAGUUACCCUUUUUGACGCCAGCUGAACUUGAUCCCACUGGACACGCAAUGCGAAUAGUUAUUAUAUACAGAAUAUAUACUGUUUAUUUAUUUUCUAUUAAGAUACCGUAUUGGGCGAUUUUUAGACCAUAUUGUACGAUUUUAGGAGUUCGAGGGUAAACAGGUUUGCUAUAAAAAUAACGCAGCCAAGUUAUGGUGAUGAGUUGAACUGUGCUAGGUGAAAAAAACUGAGAACACUAGUUUAAAAAAAAAAUGAGAACGCAUUCUCAACUGUUCCGCACAGAACAUUAUAUUUGGACAUAUUUUAUAGGAUCUUAGAGUGCCUUUGAAAUCCAUUUUUAGAAUGCCCUAAACAGUUGUACGAUUUUAUUAAUACUCCUAACACCCAUCUUCCUUUCACCCAUUUACAGUUUAUGGUAGUUAUCAGUCUAUAAUAUGUUAACAGGAAAUAGGCUUAAUAGAUAUUGAUUCUUAUUUUUGUAAAACCCAGCCCUUUUCUACAAAGAUAAAUCUUAGUUACUUAGUAGGUUGUACAUUUUAUUUUUAACUGAUUUCCAGUUUGAAUAACGUUCAAUUUUAUCAGUCACUUUAUUUUUACCAGUGAGACUGUGAUAAUGUAAUCUCCAAAAUUCAUCCAAAUAUUAAUUGAUAUCUAUAGCAGAUAUACAUCUGCAAAACAAAGUGACAGCAGAUUGCAAUAUAAACAUCAGUCAUUUACUUUUGAAAGUUACCUUUUUAAACGCCAGCUUAACUUGACUCCACUAGACAAACGAUGCAAGUAGUUAUUGAAUACAUCAUAUAUACUGUAUGUUUCUUUACUAUUAAAAUACUGUAUUGUACGAUUUUAAGACGUUAUUGUAAGAUUUUAGGAGUUCAAGGGUAACCAGGUCUGUUUAAAUUUUUUCCACUAUUUUUUCACACUACUUGAACGCAGUCCCUCUCUUAUAUUAUAUUUUACAAAAUGUCUACUUUAAAGCAAUUGUUACCUUAUUGUUAGUUUAGAACAAUUAAAAUUUUUCAAACAAUAAAACAGAUUAAGCUGUAUUUAAAAAAAUACACAUAUCUUGAUAUAAUGAAUUAAUGUUGACACUUUUUUUUCAGCUUCCAUUGUGUUUGAUGCCACAAAAUGUGAGAAAAUAAAAAACACUGCCACUUCUAAAGGUAAACAGAAAAAAAAGAUUGCCAAGCCUUAGCUGAUAAAGACUAAACAUAUUUUAUACAAAGUAGUUAACCAUGUAAAUGUUAGUAAUAACUUUAAAAAUUACCUCAAUAUUCCCUAUUCUAUUGCAGCAGUUGUAUUCUAGUUAAUUCUUUUUUAGGAAAUGUACUAAAGGACAAUUAUAUUGGCCUGAAUCUCCUAUUGCAACUAUAAAUCUGGCUAAUCAGAUUUUUUACUGCUAUUUCUAGCAAGCCUGUGAAGUAAGACAAUUUUUUGAAAUAUUCUGUACCAAUUUGUAUUGUGGCCUGAAAAUUUUACAAGUAAACCAGGGCUCCUGUGGAUGGCCUCUUUUGGCGCCCCAUAUUAAACUCUGACAUACCAAUCUUCUUCACAGGAAACCUGAAACGGCGAAGUCUCUGGGUGCGAUAUUUGUCAGAAAACACAAGCCCAGAGAUCCUUCGUGUUCUUUUUCCGCUCUCACAAAGCACUCAAGUACAAACGCAUGACAAUUUGCGGUGAGUAAGGGAGGACGCACAGCAUUUUUUCUUGCCGUCCUCCCAAGUGGCGAUCUGCCUGCUAAUCUUGGAUGGCCUUGCAGAUCCUGUAAUGGGGCCGUAUCAGGCCUCAAGAUUAACAGCAAAGUUUGAUUUUGCUGAUUUAUCAGUCCAUCUAUUGAGAAUUAAAUCUCACUUAGUUGCUGUUGAUUAACAGUUUUAAUUUUUUCAUAGCCAAUGAAGUACAACUUAGGUUUCACUUGGGAAGUCGCUCCAAAAUUACUUUUUUAAAAAUUAUCUAUCAUUAAUUUUUAUUUUAAGUUUUAGCUGUUUAAUGUUUUCAGAUUUCAUAAAGGUAAGUUAAUAUUUUUAGCACAAUAACUCUUCAGAAUAGAAAAUAAAAGUGGGAUAAAUACAAUUUAAGCACUGAUUAUUUUUAUAUAAGAUUUUUCAUAUCAUGGGGUAGCCAUAUACAUGGUUUGUCUCCCAUAAAUUUGUUAUUUCAGAAAGACCAAAAACGUAGCUUGUUUUUCAUACGUUCUUAGAUAAGAGAGACUGAAGAAACAACAAUGAAUUCAUACAUUUUUUUUGCUAGAGGACUAGAAACAAAAGCUAUUUUUAAUAAAUGCUAAGUCGAAGAAGCUUUUGAUGAGAUUUGAUUUGAAAGAGACAUCAUUUUCUGUUACAUGUUAAAUUAAAAGAAAAAUGCUUACUAAAAAAGUUAAAACAGUAGUUUAAGGGAUUAAAUAUAAAUCGACAUUAAUAAAAAUUGACGGCUAUAGAAACAAUUGCUGUGGUUAAAUAAAAUGUUAUAAUAUUUCUUUGGAUAAACUAACAUUUAAUCAGUUAAUAAUUAUUUUAUUUUAGUAUGGAGAAAGAUUUUUUAAAGACUUAAUAUAUGUCAACUAUACUGGUACUGAUGUUUGGAUUAUCAAUAAAUUACUGUGAUUAUACUGAUUACUCUUUCAGUAUUGGUCUGGUUGAGGCCCACUCUAAGACAGAUGUACUUAUUUUCAUGAAGAGUUACAUCACAGUGGUCAUCAACAACACCCAUAUACUUGCGCUACAAAACAAAGAACCUAGUGAAAAUGAAAGUGGUUAGUAUGAAAAGCUGUAUCAACCUGCAAUACAUUCUUGUGGAGGUGUAUAGAGAAUAGUGAUAAGAAAGAAAAAUGUAUCAGUUUAUCUUGCAGAACACACACAAAAUGAUUAAUAUUAUGGGAGUUGAUGAAGAUAAAAAUACUUUUACAAUACCGGUAAUUAAGGAAGACUGAUUGGGAAAUGGAAUACCAUUUUUCAGUUUGCAUUCACCACGAAUAAUGGCAGACUGAGAGUAUUAUUUCAAAUUGAAUUAUGACAGAAGUAUUGUCAUUCCUCAAUUAUUUUUAUAAGCAAAAUAAUAGGUAUAUAUGUUUUAAGUUACCUUUUUUAUUUAGGAAUCUAAAUGAACAUACUGACCCAUUAUGGAUUUACUUUGCUGAAUAAUUUCAAUGAAAACAAAUACAAACUAAGUUUUGUUUCCUUUACCUACUUAAUGAUUGUGGUAAGCCGAAUCAGAUUUUAGCUCCUAAGCAUUCAACAAACUUGAGAUUUAAGUAACACCAAACGAAUCUAUAAAAAGGGGAUAAAUAAAUAUAUUCGCUUUUAUAAAUAGUUGUAUCAAGAACCAAUCAGUUAGUUUUAAAGUGAAGUUUUUUAAUGUGCUCCUAUAAUGUAUCUUAUAAUGUAUGUUAAAUUAAUCAUACUUUUCUUGUAGAAAUCUGAAAUAAAUUACCUGUAGCUGUAAACAGAUCUGACAAAUUUUUAAAGACACAUAAUCUCAUAUGUGUUUAUAAGUUCAUAAUUUUAAAUUACAUAUUAAACAGAAACCAAAGCUGAACUUGAAAAAACAGCCACAAAUGUAGAGGAGCUACAAAAUGCACCAACAGAAGUAGCUGAUAGAUCAGAACUUCGCAAAGAUGAGAAAAACCAGACAUCAAGGAUUCUUAAACGCACAUUACAGCAACAACAGCGAGCUGUCGAUGGAAGACGGAGAGACCAACAAGGUCAGAAGCGAGGAAGAGGGGAGCCUCCAGCUAAGCGGGGUGUAGGAGGCUGGGGCGAUGGACGCUUUGACAGACGAAAUGGAGGAGGUGGCCGGUAUGGUGGUGGUGCUGGUGGUUAUGGUGGUGCUGGUGCUCUCUACCCAGUUGUUGGAGGUCGAGCUGGAUAUGGAGGAGCAGGUCAGUACCGAUACAUUGAUAAAUAGGGAAUUGUUGACAGUUGCAAGAAAAGUUUAUAGAUAUUUCUCAAUUUAAGUUGACAUUAUUUACUAGCAACUACUUGCUACUGGAGAUUUCCUACUUUGUUUCACAUCUUUAAAAAGCAAAAAAAAUUGAUCUUGAAACUGUACAGAAAUAUACUUAAAUACAGUCCAGAUAAACUAGUAAGUUAGAAUUUUACAUACAGUUUAAGUUUAAAAGAAACAAUGUCAGUUUAAAGGAAAAAGUAUAAAAUUAUAUUAAAAAAACAAUAAAAACAUGUGAAUUUUAAAUUUUGAACACGAUUGUUAGUGAUUUAACAAAGCUGUCGAUUUUCCCCUACCUUUCCAUGUUUAAUUAUUAAUUGAUAUAUACUUAAGUGAGACUUUAGAAAUUAAACAAAUACACAUAAGUAAGACAAAUAAUUUUUAGUAGUAAUAAAUGAAGGCUAAGGGUGUUAAACCCACAAACGGUGGCAUGCAUCAUUCUGUGGUGUGGAGCUUUUCAGAGCGUUGUGAGUGCCAUUUGAAAUUGCAUUAAAUGACAUAGAAAUAUUGAUACAAGACCCCUAUAAGUAUUUAUUUUUUGAAAGGUAAUUGGAUGGGGAUAAAGUUGGCCAUAUUGACACCCCGUAAAACAAUUUUGCUCAGUGUCCUUGACCUUGGAGUUCUCAAGGGAAAAAAAUCUACAAAAUGUCUUCCUUUCAAGUGCUCAUAACAUCAUUAAUUUUUAUAGAUACACUUAAAACACAAAUCUAAAUGUGGCCAAUUCAUUUAUAUUUCAUAAAAUGUAUAGUUUGCUAAGGUUUUGAUUGCAAUUAAACCUCUGAAAGCAUUAUGAAUAAUUUUAGGUCAUUUAUAUAAGAAACUGGGACCACUGCUAAAACCAAGUACAAAAUAAAAAAUCUCAGGCAAAAUAGUUAUUAUUGACUAUUAAACAUUUAAAAAUGAACUGUGGAACUGAUUUGGGUUGUUUUAACUAUAAAAUUUAUUAGUUCUGAACUUUAAUCUGUAGCUUCUGUGACUAAAAUUCAGUCAGUCCUUGCCCAACCUCCGGGCCUGGCUCGAAGUCUAACAGUAGCCUCAGUAGGCCCAUUUCAGUAUCACUAAGACUAGUAUAAAAUUCAUGAGAAGAAUAAUCCCAACUGAUAUCGUCAUGGGUAAUGUUAAAAUCAUCAUCAGUAUCACUUAAAACCUCUCCUAAAAAGCUUUCAAAAAUAUUUCUAUCGGUUCUUGCACUGAAGGCCCAGCCAUGGCUUCAACCAUUUUAGCUUUUAAAAAAAAACCAGCAAUAUAAAACUCUGAAUUAAAAGUAUUUAUUUUCAAGUUAUCACAAAACUGCUUGAACCAGAAGAUGAUUUAAUUAUUAAUGAAAGGAAGUGGCUCUAAUUCCGGUUAAAUAUUGGAUUGGAAGUUUCUAUCGGACCAUGUUUUUUAUCGGCCGAUUUUUUCGGCCGCCACAGUACAGAAAAUUUGGCCAACCACAGUUCGUGGGUUAAAGGUUACAUGGUAGGUGAAGUUGGGCUGGAAGGCAAGGACAAGGUGGAAGAGGAUUGGGUUGACUGGAUUAUCUCGUAAUAUAUUAAAAGGAAAAGUAAUUUUAGUGGUCAGGAAAGGAUGUGGGGGUUGGGUGUGAAAAUGACUAUUAGUAGAGAUGGUCAGUAUCAGUACAUUUGACAUCAGUUCUUCGUGUGUUUUGUUUAACUAAUUAGGCUUAAGUACCAAUCCUUCCCUCAGAGCCAAACACUGGUCAGUUUGUUACAAUUAUACAAAAAAAACCCAUGAUAUUAAGAGAUGAUGAUACUAGGAGUUCAACUGACAAAAAUGUAUUUUCUCUUGCUAGGACUUUUAAAUCCCCAAGACAUGGCGGCCGAGAUGAUGAUGAUGCAAGCCCAACUCAAUCAAACGAUACAAAACCAAUUAAUGAUGCUUAGUCCAGGAUCAAGGGGCGGUGGAGGACGGGCUGGUGGUGGUUAUGGUGGACCACGGUUUGGAUCAGGUGGUGGUGGCGGCGGCGGUGGUGGCGGAGGUGGUGGCAGGCGUGGUGGAAGAGGUGGCGGCGGCGGUGGUGGUGGUGGAGGCCGAGGAGGGAGAGGAGGUGGAGGACGCAAGUAAGUCUUUUAAUCUUAAAUUUUUCUGAUAAUUCUUUUUGUUCUUGUGGAAUGAUGGGCAUUUAUUUUAAAGAGGUGAAAGGAUGCAAGCGCUGAAAGGAAUUACUAAAAAAAAAAAAGUAAUUGCAUUUCAUUUACUGUCACGAUUAUAUCUGUUUAAGUACAAGUGGAUUUUCUUACUUGAAGUUAAGCAUUUAAACUGAAAGGAGUAGGUGGACAGAGGAAAAUUGACUAUUUCUUUCUUUAAAAUAUAAUAAUAAAAUAAUAUUGGUAUUAUUGUAUAAAAUAUAUAUUAAUUUAAUGAAAAUUUCAUUGAAAAAGAUACCCUUAUUUCAACGUUAAGCCACUGCUAGCGUAACAAGGCAUAUAUAAAACUAAAUAGCUGGUCAUUUCAUGUCACAGGAUACCCUACAUUUCAAGUAAAAUUCACUGUAAAUUUGCAAUGAUCUUUAAAUCAUCGUUAUUUUCAAUUUGCCUUUUGACUUAUAUAUUCACAUUUACGUUCUUUAAAAGAGAAGAGCAAAUAUUUCACUUAAUUUAGCUUCCAUAUUUAUUCUGAUAAUAAGAGACUAUCUUUUAUAAUUUUAGGGGUUUUGGAGGAGGAUGGUGAAAAAUCUAGGAUAUCCCUUUGUAUAGGUAUGUUAUUUUAAACCGUCUAAAUGAAGUUGGACCUUUUACCCUACUUUCAGAAAAGUAGGCUGACAGAAUGUGCUAACUCAAAAACCAUGUUUUGGGCAUGGUAUAAUCAUUCAUAAUGUCACUGAGCAAUAUUAUAAAUAUAAUGACAUGGUGUCAGUAUAUCUGUAAUCUGUAAUUUUAAUGAAUACAUCAAUUCAGAAAUAUACAUGUUUAACAAAUUACUAUUUUUUAAAGCUAUUUGUUUCCAUUCCACCCCUUCUUGAUUUUGUUAGAGGUGGUCGUGUCUCUCCCCCCCAGUAACUUGUGAAGUUAGAGCAUAAAAUAUUAUGCUACUAGCACAGAAGAGUGUUUGAAAUCAUUGAGACCCUCUUUAAACAUACAAAUUCUUUGAUUUGGUUGAAUGCCAAUGGUAUGGAUAACCCUAUUUCCAAUGUUCCAGCUCCCUGAGAUGAAGAUGGCCUACAGAAGAGGUGACUGCAAGCAACGGAUAGAUGGUUUCAACUGGAAUGUCUUGUAAAUGUUAUGUCAGCUUUACUGUUAGUCGUGUCUUUAAUUUGGACAAUGUAAAUACCUGUCACUGAAAGCAUGAGCCUUUUACUGAAUGAGUUGAUAGUGUUUCAUCAUGGCUCGGUCUUUACAAUUAUAUAAGUUGAAAGAAUGGAAUUUAAAUUUUUAUAUUUAAAGUAACAAAAAUCAUUUGCAAAUAGAUUAUUGGGACAUUAAUACAUUGGCACAGCUGAUUUUUGUAAACUAAAUGAUGGUCACUGACAAAUAUUUCUGGAUUAAAUCAUGUUCUGAGAGAACACCUGUUAUCAGAACUGAAAGGUGUUCUCUUUUUUCAGUGUUAAACUCCUUUCUAGUGAAUCACUGAUUAUGGAGAUAUCAUUGAAUCUGUUACAAAACAACAGAGUAAAAGCACUUCCCCAAAACUGUAGCAAUGCCCAUUAUAUUGUAAGUUGUUUCAUUGAAAAUCAUCUAAUUCAUAACUCAUGUAGCUAAUCAAUGUUUUUAGUUUAAUUUUUCCCUGAUACUAAAUGGGGGCAUGUUCAUUGUUUUUGAGUAUUUGAAUGUACAAUAAAUUGCUUUAUGGAAUUGUCACACCCAUUGUUUGUUCUAUUUUGAGUUUGAAAAAUCUGAGGUUUAUCUCCAGGUGAAGUGUAGAAGUAGCUUAAAUUGUGUAUUAAACAGGUUUGCUGAAUUGUUGAAUGUUUAAGGAGGUGAGUGGAAGUGGAACAUUUGACAGUAACAUUAACAAUCUGUCAAUAACAAAAUAAAGUUGAAG